AUGGGAAAAUUGAAACCGACAACGGCACCACAACGAAGAAAACAUACAAAUUCAAGAUUAGGUUGUUUAAAUUGUAAAAAGAAAAAGAUAAGAUGUGAUGAAAUUUUACCAAGUUGUAAAAAUUGUUUGAAAGGCAAAAAUCAAACAUGUUCGUAUUUACUGUUAUCGGUUCAAGAGAUUGAGAAAAUAAAAUUAACACAUUCAUUAAGAAACAGUCAGAAUAAAUUAUUAAAUCAAGAUUUUCGACUACCUUCAAAUAUAGCCAGUUUAUCAAAUACAAAAGGAGAUUUAAAUGGGGAUAUUUUAGAUAUGAAAUUUGAAUUGAAAAAUUUACCCAUUCCAUUACCGAAAUUAAAAUAUUCCACAAUAGAGUUUAGUAAUAGUUCUAUUAAUGAUUUUAAAAAUGAUUACAUUGUUAAAAAUGAUAAGUUACCUAAUGGAAUAGAUUACAAAGUAAAAUUUGCAAUUUUAAAAUCUUCAAGUUUUCAAAAAGUUAACAUGGAAAGAGUCUCAUCUAAAUCAAUAGCUGAUUUAAGUUAUCAGGUUGUAAUUGGGAAAAGUAAUUUAUUAGAUCAUAUAAGUGAUUUAUUAUUAACUCAACCUCCUUUAAAAUCAAGUCAGAAAAAUGUUCUUAUUGAAAGUUAUAUUUUACUUGGGGAGUCAAUUAUGAGAAAUGUAUUACAAAGAAAACAAAAAAUACUUGAAACUAAAGAAAUUGUAGCUGAUAAAAUUGAAUUAUAUGUAAAUGCAUUGAAUAAAAGGUGUUUGGAAAGAUACAAUUAUUGUAAACAUGAUUUGGCCAUACGAUCGAGAAACAUAGAUAAUGAAUCGCAUUUACCUACAUCACAAUUUAGUAGACAAAUUGAAUUUAUUGCAUUUAGUUCCUAUUUAUUAAAUUUUGCAGUUUUAAUGAUGGGUUUCGGAGCUACUAAUUAUUUCAAUUCUUCAAAAGGUAUAUUUUUAGCUUAUCAUUCUUAUUACAAGUAUAUGUUAGAACAUAAUACUCCACCAGUGACUACAGUCAUUUUUUUGCAAAAUAAUCUUCAUUUUAAUAUCAUGAGUAUUAAUAUUCCAAGUUAUGAACCUGAUUUUUUAUUUGAGAUUGAAUCAAAUUUAAGAAAUUUACAAUUUAUAUAUUUCAGUUCCUCAUUUUUUUUCAUUAAUAAUCCAACUUUACAUGAAUCUUCAUUAACAUUGGAAUUUUAUUAUAAAUCAUUAAUGUCAUUUAUAAAUGAAAAUUUAUUACCGAUUGUUUAUUCAUUAAGGAAUAAAAAUUUUAUUACAACAUAUCCACCUAAUGCAAUUUAUGAAAUUUUUAAACGAUGGCAUCUGAUUUGUCCUUCAGAAGCAAUGAAUUAUGUUUCAGCUAUAAAUUAUGAAUAUUAUGAUCAAUCGAUUUAUUUAAAUGCAUUAAGUACAACUUUAUUCAUGUACUAUUAUGCUGUUGCUGCUUCUUUAGAUGCUGUAUUUCCGAGUUGUAAAUAUUUAUACAGUAUGACUUUCAUGUUACCAACAAAUACAUUUUUCAAAAAUAGAAGUAUCAUGACGGUGCCUAGAGAUAAUCCAUAUUUAAAAACUAUGUUUGAAUUCAAAAUUGAUGAACUAUUACAAAGACACAUAUGUUAUGCAAGUCGUUUAUUUGCAUUUUUUAGAAGAAGAUUUGUAUUUUAUUAUAAUAAUAUGACAUGGAAAAAUCCAUUUGAUGAUGAAAAUUUAAAAAAUAAUAGAUUUAAAACUAGAGUAUACGAUUUAAGUAUUGAAAUUCCGAUUAAAUCAUUCAAUACAACAUUAAUUAGACCUGAACAUUAUCCAAGUAGGAAUUAUAAUAGUUUAGGGAAUCCAUAUUUGAAUUUCACUAGAGAAGAUGAUACAAUGUCAAAGCAUUUAUAUGCUAGAAAUAUAGAAACUUUAGACCUAUUUAAUGAGUCACAGUUGAUACAGUAUGAUUAUGAGACAUUAUUAUUAUUGAGAGAUUAUAGACCUUUGGAUGAUAGUUUUGCAAUUAAUAGAUCAACGUUGAAUCCAAAAGAUAUAGGAGAUUACUAUAAAGAUAAAGUAUUAAUAUUAAAUAGUUUAUCACAAGCAUUAUAA